GGAGGCCAACCCAGAACCUGCCAGCUGUCACUGAAGCCAGCUCUUCCUUCCUCCUCCACCAUGCAGAUCUCUGCCACGAUUCUGUGUCUGCUGCUCAUAGCUGCUGCCUGUAGCAUCCAUGUGCUGGCUCAGCCAGAGGGAGUUACAUCCCCACUCACCUGCUGCUACUCAUUCACCAGCAGAAAGAUCCCAGAGAAGAGGCUGGAGAGCUACAAGAGAAUCACCAGCAGCAAAUGUCCCAAAGAGGCAAUAGUUCUGGUUACCAAGCUCAAGAGAGAGAUCUGUGCUGACCCCAAGGAGAAGUGGGUGCAGUCAUACAUUCAGAAUCUGGACCAGAAGAACCAAAAGAGAUCAGAAACUACAGCUGCACUUAAAGUUGCAUCUACCCCAAGAUCUUCAGCACCUUUGAAUGCUAACUUGACUCAUGCACCUGCAGCUAAUGCAUCCACUACUCCCUUCUCCACAGCAACCUAAAGCGCUUCUGUCGGAGUGACCGCUAUGGCAGUGAACUAGUGUAACUUGGAAUGUGAUGCCUUAAGUAAUGUUAAACUUAUUUAACUUAUUGAUGUUGUAAUAUUCCCUUCCAUGAAUACUAGGAAUUCUUAGAUGCAAGUUGUGGAUCUGUUCCCCCCCCCCCCGUGAAUCCUGAUUCUAUACUUUAAAUGUAAUGAGAGGUGAAUCUUGUAAAGAUGAAUGGAAAAACUUUGUGUUUGUGAUUCCAAGGCGUUGUUUAAAAUAUUAUUAUGGAAAUGGAGAUUUCUAAUUAUUAAGAGAAAUAUAUUAUUUUUGUACACA